GCUCUUCCGGUGUUGUUGACGCUUCGACGGGCGAAAAUGGCGACCGAAGUGAGGCAGGAGCUUGCACAGCUGAUGAAUUCAACUGGCUCUCACAAAGACCUUGCUGCCAAAUAUCGACAAAUUUUGGACAAAGCCAUUCAGUAUACAGAUGCAGAUCAGCUGGAAUCCUUGAAGGCUUUUGUUGAAGCAAUGGUCAAUGAAAAUGUCAGUCUUGUCAUCUCGAGACAACUGCUCACUGACUUCUGCACACAUCUGCCCAACCUGCCCGACGCCACAGCUAAAGAGGUGUACCACUUCACCUUGGAAAAGAUUCAGCCGAGGGUCAUCUCCUUUGAGGAACAGGUAGCCUCAAUCAGACAGCACUUAGCAACCAUUUAUGAAAAGGAGGGUGACUGGAGAAAUGCUGCCCAAGUCUUAGUUGGUAUUCCCUUGGAAACGGGACAGAAGCAAUACAAUGUUGACUAUAAGUUGGAUACAUACCUGAAAAUUGCCCGUCUCUACUUAGAGGACGAUGAUCCAGUGCAGGCAGAGGCUUACAUCAACAGAGCGUCGUUGCUUCAGAAUGAGUCCUCUAAUGAACAACUGCAGAUACACUAUAAGGUGUGCUAUGCAAGAGUCCUAGACUUCCGGAGGAAGUUUAUUGAAGCUGCACAAAGAUACAACGAGUUGUCUUAUAAGUCAAUUGUCCAUGAGACUGAACGUUUGGAGGCACUGAAACAUGCUCUGAACUGCACUAUACUGGCCUCUGCAGGCCAGCAGCGCUCCCGUAUGUUGGCCACUCUCUUUAAGGAUGAGCGGUGUCAGCAGCUGGCUACCUAUGGUAUUCUGGAGAAGAUGUACUUAGACCGUAUUAUCAGAGGAAACCAGCUGCAGGAGUUUGCUGCCAUGCUGAUGCCCCACCAGAAAGCCACCACGGCAGACGGCUCCAGCAUCCUUGACAGAGCUGUGAUUGAACACAACCUCCUGUCUGCUAGCAAACUCUACAACAACAUCACUUUUGAAGAACUUGGUGCACUACUGGAAAUCCCCCCGGCAAAGGCUGAGAAAAUUGCUUCCCAGAUGAUCACCGAAGGACGCAUGAAUGGCUUCAUCGACCAGAUAGAUGGCAUUGUACACUUUGAGACCCGUGAACCCCUUCCUACAUGGGACAAACAGAUCCAGUCUUUGUGUUUCCAAGUCAACAACCUCUUAGAAAAGAUCCGCCAGGCUGCUCCAGAGUGGGCUGCGCAGGCUUUGGAAAGUCAGAUGACCCAGUAAACAUCCUGACCCCUCCCAAAAGUAUUCCCUAAACGGCUUCCUCACUCUGUCCUAAAGUGUUGUCUUCCUUGUCAAAAACAUCACCACUUCAGGCCCAGUACUGGAAACGCCCAAGGAGAAGCCUCAGUUAUCAUCAUCACUUUCAAUUUUCAGAGAACAUCUUUUAUUACUUUUGCCCACAGAGGAAAUUGUUAAAUGUUUCUCAAUAUUUCAGAUAUGUGUCUGGCAUAGAUAUAAUAAGAGGAGUGGUGUUAUGUAACAUUUAGGUGUGACUUCAUAUAACAAUAUGUUUAAAUUUGGAUAUGUUUAUUCAGACAGUUGACAUGUAAUAGGGUAAAAAAAAGAAAAAAGAUGCGAACAACUAGUCUAUUUAAGCUUUUCCGUUCCAACACGUUCUCCUGUUUUUAACUUUACAUAAUUACACAACAAUAUCUGUCAAGUGGUUCUUGGUUUAUGACGUCAUGUAAAAGUUCUCGGUCCACAUUUAUGAAAUUUCAGCAAGAGAGAAUUAAAUUCAAAGCUAAGAGAAAUCUG